UAGAGCCUUCAUGAACCCAUCUCCCCUAGUGAUUCAUCAUCCAUGUAUCAAACGAAUUACGUACUCCCCAGCAUUAUUGUUGUCAUUCUGUUCCUAAUUCUGUUUCGAAUUCCAAUCACUAUAUCUCAAGAACGUCCACCAAUCCCUGCCGUGCUCGUCUUCGGCGACUCCAUCGUCGAUCCAGGAAACAACAACAUGCUCAUCACACCGGCCAGGGCCAACUUCCCUCCUUACGGCAGGGACUUCCCAGGACACGAACCAACAGGAAGGUUCAGCAAUGGAAGAAUCCCUCCAGAUAUCAUAGUUUCAUUGCUCAGAAUUAAAGAUCUUUUGCCCCCUUACCGUGCUCCUGACUUGGAGAACCAAGAGCUGCUCACUGGAGUAAGCUUUGCAUCUGCUGCUUCAGGCUUCGAUAAUCUCACAGCUACAGUGCCGAAAGUCUUCUCGUUGUGGGAUCAACUGGAGAUGUACAAAGAGUAUAAGAGAAAGUUGAUAGCCAUUGCAGGUGAAGCAGCGGCAGAUGCCAUAAUAAGAGAAAGUGCUCAUGCGAUAUUCUCUGGGAACAACGAUAUCUUGACCACAUACUUCUUUACCACUAUUAGACAAAGGACCUUCGAUCUGCCUUCCUACAUCAACUACCUGGUUAAUGCCGCCGGCAGCUUCGUAAACGAAUUAUACAAAUUGGGAGCUCGAAGGAUUGUCGUAGCAGGAGUGCCUCCCCUGGGCUGUGUGCCGGCGGCGAGGACCGUCGGCGGAGGAGAGAAUAGAGACUGUGUCGAGACUUACAAUCAAGCGGCCACCUUGUUCAACCUUGAGCUAUCCAGGAGCUUAGAGCAACUCAAUGUGGAUCUUUUCGGAGCUCGGAUCAUUUACUUGAACAUCUACGAUACCGUGAUGGAUCUCAUUCAACAUGGCUCGGAUUAUGGGUUUGAGGAAACGACAAGAGGAUGUUGUGGGACUGGAGAAUUGGAAGCUUCAAUUUUUUGUAAUGAGUUUAGCCCGUGUACGUGCCCAGAAUCAGAGACGCAUAAGUAUUUGUUUUGGGAUGGUUUUCAUCCGACGGAAAGAGCAUUCCGGAUCAUCAUUACAGCUCUGCGGUCGCAGUUCAUGCGUGUGUUGUGAUAGAAUAAUUUAUAUAUUAUAUGCAUCAUUAAUUGUGAUGUAUAAUAUCAAAAUUAUUAUGAAUUUUAUCUAGUAUUAAUCGAGAUAUAAAUUAUGAAUUAUAUGCGGUA